UGAGAAACAGGGAGGCCUACCUAUUGAAUGUUAAUGUCACGCAUCAGACAACACCGUGGUGACGAGCUCUGACCUGCCAGUCGGUGCUUGUGAUGUGUUCUUCACAUUGGCGUACACAAGUGAAGCUAGGGUUUUGCCUGCCUUGUGACAUUAAGAACAACUACUGUGUUGGUAAAACCAAACAAGGCGUUCACGUAACAAAGCUCAUCUGACAUAUCUGAUUUCUGCCGGAACCUCGCCAUGUCUACCCCCCAGAAACUGGACUUCACCGCAACUUUGAUGGGCUACACAGCCUCCAAGAUAGCCCUGUCUACAACUGGACGAAUUUUCAGCUUCUAUUACGUCCGGAUAUUCCUUGAUCUCUACCAUAUCGAUUCCGCCUGGUUUCAGUGGGCUCAAGUGCUGUAUAUGGUGUGGAAUACAGUGAACGAUCCCUUGUUUGCUUAUGUCCAAGAUAACGUGAACUGGCGUUUUGUUAAAACACGGCGUCAUUCUCUUCUGUAUGGUGGGCCGCUCUAUGCCAUAGUGUUCAUCAUUCCUUGGUUUCCAUGGGAAGAAAUGGGACUGGGAACCUGGAAAACCGGCGUUCAUCUGAUCGUUGCUUUGUGCUUAUAUGACACAAUGAUGACGUUUCUGGGACUUGCGCAAUGCUGUCUAUUCUCAGAGAUAUCCAAGCAGCAUGAGGAUAAGGUGCGACUCCUGAGGUGGUCCAAAAUAGGCCCAGUUGUCGCUGCCGUGGGACUUUACCUAACGGAAUAUUUAUCAGAAGGCUUAAGAAACUUCCGUAAUUUUCAGAUAAGCUGUGUUGUGUUAGCGAUAAUAUCUUUUCUUCUGUAUUGGUAUGCUGGGAAAAACUGCGUAACACAGUAUGACGUAGACCGUAUCAACUCUUCUAGCACCCUCAAGUCAGAUGGCUCACGGUCAAGUCUCAGUAUUUGGAGGCUCACGUGGCAAAUAUUAACGUCCAAAAAUUUCCUCUGUUUUGUGACCAUAAACUUCUGUCAUGAAUUCCACAGAACAUUCCAGUCAAAUUUCAUGGCCAUCAUUAUAGAAAAUCUCACCUCUAAAGAUGACAUUUCGCUUGGAGUUAGAAGUUUCUGCUAUGGUUUCGGGGGCCUUAUACCAAGUAUGAUCGUUGUCCUAGGAUCUCCUCUCGUCAAAAAUCUAGGAUCAUAUAGAUUGAUAGCUUCCAGCUUCUACGUGAAGAUCAGCCUGGGUGUGAUGCUAUUCUUGGCAGGAAUGAACAAGCCUUGGCUGCUCCUUGUGGUCAUGAUGGUGGAUAAUGGCGUUAGUUCAGCAGCAUUUUCCCUUUUUGACAUGUCCCUUUCCGACAUUGCGGAAGAGGAUAAAGUUAAAUACCAGAGAAGGUUACCUAUAACGUCAAUGGUGUUUGGAACGAACGCUCUUGUUGUCAAGCCGGUGUAUUCACUAGCCCCCAUGUUUACUGUGGCUGUUCUGGAUUUGUAUGGGUACGACAAAAUGAGAAAGGACAAAACCAGUUUGAGUGAAGCUGAUAUUGGGUUACUACACACUACAAUGUUUAACAUGACCUGUUUCAUCCCUGUUGUCGUUGGCUUGAUACAGUAUGUCGUCUGGUCACGGUACACUCUAAAAAAUGCUCAUCGUACGUCCCAAGAACCGAACGAGGCACUCUCCGUUAGUAUAUAGCGAAAGAUUGGUGUACAUGGAGUUGCAACAUAAAAGAUCGUUGCUCUGUUUUAAAUUUAUGCAUUUUACAAUGACGGAAUUAUUGACAAAAUUAUUUUUUCAUAAUUGAGGAUUGUUUUGUGGUGUUACCAUGGUGAAACCUUUGAAACUUUGCUCAAUAAUUGCUAUAUGAUGACAGAUUGACUAGAUGUUCAAAACUUUGCUGUUGUGAAGUAGAAAACCUGAUUUGCUCCGGGUUUUUUUUUCUAUAUUUGCAAGGGUGUCGCUGUAUUUAUCUAUGAUUUGAUAAUGCUGAAAGUGAACAUAAAGCUGGCCACAAAAUUUGAAAUAAUUCCCAAUGAUACCAUAUUAGAUAUUCAGGGUCACUAAACGUACGAGCUCUCCUAUGCCAUCUGAUAGGUCUACAGGUCGACAUCUGGUAAUACACAGAGCCAGCUAGAGCCUCCUUAUUUUCCUUUUGCUGUCAGUGUUGUGAACACAUUUCCGAAAUAAAUCUAGUAUUGUUGAGGACAUAUUAUGUGUUUUUUUUUGUCUAUGUAUAUAUAGUGAAAGACUCUAUGUUGACUUUAAGGCACAAUCAUUAGUAUUGUGCAAUACUGGUGUUGCUUGGAAAUCGAUCUCAGAAACAGUUUAACCAUUCUGUUAUUGUUUAUAAAUACCGAUACUAUGAUUUAUUUGUUUGAUGUUCUGGUGGUGGUUACAUGAAUGAAUAUAUAUAUAAUAAUAGAUAUGGAGUUUGUGAUCAUAUCGUGGGCAGAAGCUUUAGAUUUAACGUAAACUUUGUUUUAGAACUUAAAUUUAAUAUGUCAUGUGAAUCGAAAUUUGGAAGAUACUGCCUUAUUUAUUCCGGUUAUGGUAAAAGGUACAUUGGCCAAACUACAGAUCUGCGAUCUAGGCUAACUCUUCACAGGCAACAAAUCAAUAACGAAAACCUUUGUUUUUUCCCUCGUAUCAGGCGAUGUGCUAUUUCUCUUUCACCCCCAUUUACUGUCUUGCCUUUUUACAAAGUACCACAUCAAAAGCAAGCUUUGAUGGAUAUGAAAAAAAAUUCUAUUUAUUGAAAAUACAAAACUGUGUUGAAUGGAAAUCACUGUCCCUAAUUCAUAUUUAACAAAUGAAACUGUAUAUUGGCCUUAUCUUGACCUGAUUGUCAGGCUUAACAGCUGUCUUUGUAUUGUAUUGUAGUAGGAUUAUCCUAUUUAAUCUUUCAAUUGUGUUAAGCAUAAAGUAUAAAAUUCAAGUCAGUGCUCGCCGCAUCUGGUUUCGUGCUGUUACACUGACCAUAUACUGUAUAUAGUCAUGACUUUACGCUGCUAACACUCAGUAUCCGUGAUGAGAACGGAAGUUCGAAACUGCAGUUGGAAUACAACGAUAUAGAAAUGUGAGAAGGUUUCCCUUGUUUUUUCUGAUAUAUAAUUAUAUAUACAUUAAUGAUCAUUUAUUUGUCUUGUUCAUUUGGUUUUUCUUUAAAGGUGGAGAA